UCGGAUUUGUACUUUAUCUCCCUCCUAAAUUCAGUUUGUUGGCAUCCCAGUCGACCCGCUCGGCCGUCCGUACGUACGUACUUUCUUCAUCCCAACAUGUUGGCUACUACUUCUUCUCCGAUCUCCCAUCCUCUCUUUUGUAAGUUUAUUAAGUCGUUCACCAUAGAUCCCCAAAAGUCGUUCCGUUGGCCGUCCGUUGUUUCUUCUCCUCCGAUCCCCUCCGCCAGACUCCCCGUGGCGGCCGAAAGUUGUCAAUCGUUCCUCUCAAUUUCAUCGUCAUAUGAUCAGGUCUUUGUACCCGGCCAUUGUCUACUCCAUGAUAAUGCCAUAAUCAGGUCUUUCUCCUCUCGCGCCUCUGUCAGCGACGAUAUAUUUCCGCUUGGGAGGACUAUGCUACACGAUGCAGUUGUCAAGGUAUUUUGCAUUACGGCAAAACCAGAUUUCUCUUUCCCAUGGGAAACAGAACAACAAGAGUCUUAUGGUUCUGGUUUAGUUGUGAGGGGGAGAAGAGUGUUAACUACUGCUCAUUUAGUGGAUCACCACACUCUUGUGAAACUCAAGAAGCAUAACUGUGAUACAUGGUAUACAGCUACAGUGCUUGCUAUAGCACCUGAGUGUGAUCUUGCAAUGCUAACCAUCACUGAUGAUGAAUUCUGGAAAGGAGUUGAGCCAGUCGAGUUUGGGGAUAUGCCACUACCUGGGGAUGAAGUGGUUGUUACUGGCUACCGAGAAGAUAAAGAUUACAUGUAUCUGAUGACAGCUUGGGCGUCGAGUUUCCGCAUGACACGCUAUUCGUUUUGGGGCACCGAACUUCUGGCUUUUCAGGUUCUUGAAGCCAUUAAGGGAGUGAUUUGCAGUGGACCUGUUUUUAAUGAAGUACACAAAUGUGUAGGAAUGAAAUUUCAGUCCAAUGAAGACGAAAGCGAUGUUAUACCUGCGGAAGUUAUUGAGCACUUCAUUCGAGACUAUGACAGGAAUGGAGCAUAUACUGGACUCCCACUACUCGGUAUCAAGUGGCAAAAGAUGGAAAACCCUUGUUUACGCAUGUUCAUGAAUAUGAAACAUGAUCAACAGGGCGUCCUUAUUACACAAGUCAAGCCUUACUAUCCAGAAUCUGCGAUUCUAAAACCUUAUGAUGUUAUUCUUAGCAUUGAUGGGAUUAACAUUAAUAAUGAUGGAACAGUUCCAUUUUUAAGAGAACGGCGAGUAGAAUUCAUUUAUCUUAUUGGUGGAAAAUAUAAUGGCGAUAAGAUUGUUAUUAAAGUGUGCCGAGGUUCAGAGAUACGUGAAUUCAUCACCGAACUCGCAACACACAAACAAUUCGUCCCAGCCAACAUAACUGGGAUGCCUCUUCCAUAUUACAUUAUUGGAGGAUUUGUUUUCACGACUCUUUCUAUUCCAUAUUUGAAGGAUAUGGAUGAUAGGGACGGUAGGUACGAAAUUGAUGGUGACUAUGAGACACCAGAUGAAGACAAGCUUUUCUCCCAGGCUUUAUACGAAGAGCGUGUUGUGCUUAGUCAGGUGCUUGAAGCUGAUAUUAAUGCUGGGUAUGAAACGGGGUGCAUGGUACAGAAUCAGGUUCUCGUCACUUUUAAUAACAAGCCUGUUGAGGGACUAAAGAGCUUGGUCAGUAUGGUAGAGACUUGUAAUGAGGAUUUCAUGAAGUUCACGUUUGGAAACAGCAAGAUUAUGGUAUUGCCGACAAAUAUUGCCAGAUCAAGAACUCCAGAUAUCCUAGAAGCACGAUCCAGAAGUUGUGCUUGUCUACUGAUCUGAAGGAAUUAGUGAAGUUGACUCGAGGCAAAGAGAAGUCCCAUGGAUGUCUGAAAUCUUGAAGGGUUUUGUUUGAGCCAGAAUUUCUAUUAAGAAAUUCGUUAGUCUUUUUCACUUUUUAAGUUGUAACUUGUAGGGUAGGAAGUUGUAGGGUAGGAAUAGAAAUUUUUUGGUACUAACUGUUGCUAAUGUGGUUUGUGUUGAUCUUUUGCUUCAGUUGGAUCCUCGGAAGAGAGAAAUUUAUUUACAGAGCCACUUGCAGCGGCUCGCAGCUCUUUACAGAACUGAGCAAUCUCAAUCGUCCGUUUCAUUAA